AGGGCCAUCCCGCUGGAGGCGCGUGCGGGAGCCCCGGUGCACACAGUUCCGGCGGACACACCUGGGGCUGGCGGUCGCCCCCGGGGUGGGGGAUGGGGUGCUCGCCCGGACGUCGCCUCUACUGAGCAUGCUCUCAGUCGAGGACCAGCGCGCGGGCUAGGGCUAGGGGCGCACCCCUAUCGCCCUGCGGAGGGAGAGGAGACUGGGAGUCUCUCCUGGAGACACUAUGGAGAAGUACCAGAUUUUGGGCCAGAUGAGUCCUGGGGCCUUGGGGGUGAACCUGGUGGUGGAGGAAACAGAAAACAAAGUCAAGCAUGUGAUAAAGCAAGUGGAAUGUAUUGAUGAACAUCAGGCCAACGAGGCUCUGGAGGAGCUGAUGCCGCUGCUGAGGCUCCAGCAUGCCCACGUCUCCGUAUACCGGGAGCUCUUCAUCAUCUGGAAGAGCGAGAUCUCCUCUCUGUUCCUCUGCCUGGUGAUGGAGUACAACGAUGAAAGCUUUCAGAAGGUCAUUGAGAAGAAGAGGGAGACAAGGACAGUCAUUGACUCUGAAUGGAUGCAGAACGUGCUGGGCCAGGUGUUGGACGCGCUGGAGUACCUGCACCAACUGGACAUCAUCCACAGGAAUCUCAAGCCCUCCAACAUAGCCCUUGUCAGCACCAACCACUGCAAAUUACAGGACCUGAGCUCCCACGCACUGAUGACAGACAAAGCCAAGUGGAACAUCCGUGCAGAGGAAGACCCUUUUCAGAAGUCCUGGAUGGCCCCUGAAGCUCUCAACUUCUCCUUCAGCCAGAAAUCGGACAUCUGGUCCCUGGGCUGCAUCAUUCUCGACAUGGUCAGCUGCUCCUUCAUAAAUAGAGUAGAAGCCAUGCAUCUGCGAAAGUCCAUCCGGAGCGUCCCGGAAGGCCUGACAGGUGUCCUGCAGACCAUGGAGGAGAAGAAGAUCCCCGAUGUGGAGACCUUCCGUUCUCUUCUGCCUUUGAUGCUGCAGAUCAACCCCUCGGAGCGCAUAACGGUCAGGGAUGUGAUCCACAUCACCUUUGUGAACAGCAACUUCCGGUCCUCCAGUGUCACACUGACCCUGCACCAGCAGGUGGUACCUGCCUUCGUCACCGACCUGCUGCUGGAAAGUAACGUGGCCAGCAUUUUAGAGGUCAUGCAGAACUUCUCCAGCAGACCUGAAGUCCAGCUCAGAGCCAUGAAGAGACUCCUAAGAAUGCCUGAUGAUCAGCUAGGUCUGCCUUGGCCGAUGGAGCUGGUAGAGGCGUUGAUCGCCAUCAUGAAGCAACACGAGAGGAUCCUUGACAUACAGCUGUGUGCCUGCUCCCUGCUGCUGCGCAGCCUGGGUCAAGCGCUGGCACAGGACCCGGCCGCCGAGAUGCCGAGCGACAGCUCCGUCAUCUCCGUCCUGCUAAGCAGCACGUGGAGCCACCCCGAGUCCGAGCAGCUCGUGGUCAUGGUCUACAGCCUGCUCACCGUCCUCUCCAGCCAGGAAUCGGCCUCAGAGAAGCUGCAGAAGGCUGGGCUGUUUGAGCAUAUCCUGGAACACCUGAGCACCUUCUCCACGAACAGGGACAUCUGCAUCAACGGCCUGAGCCUGCUCUGGGCCCUGAUGGUGGACGCUAUCAUUGUGAACAAGGCCCCUCUGGAGAAAGCCCCGGUCCUCAUUGCCGAGGUGCUGGCCGCCUACCCCAUGGACGCGGAGAUGGCUGAAGCCGGCUGCGCGGUCUUCUGGCUGCUGUCCCUGCUGGGUUGCAUAAGGGAGCACCAGUUUGAAGACGUGGCGGCCCUGUUCCUGCGAAGCGUCCGGCUGUGCCAGGACAGAGUCCCGCUGGUGAACAAAGCCUACCGGGGACUGGCCAGCCUCGCGAAGGUGUCCGAGCUGGCGGCCCUGCAGGUGGUGGUGCCCGAGGAGGGCGGCAGCGGCCUCGACCUCAUCCAGGAGACGUACCAGCUGUACAAGGACGACCCCGAGGUGGUGGAGAACAUCUGUGCGCUGCUGGCCCACCUGACUUCCUACAAGGAGAUCCUGCCUGAGCUGGUGUCCAGCGGCAUCCAGCCCCUGGUCCAGGAGAUCAAGGAGCGCUUCACCUCCAGCCUCGAGCUGGUUUCAUACGCAGAGACGGUGCUCCUAAGGCUGGAAGCCACCACGCCACCCAGCUCCGCGGGAGGACAGUCGGCUCUGCCCUGAGGACGACGGUCGGCUCUGCCUCCCGCACCCCACCUCCCUGUGCCUUCUC